AUGCGCAGUAGCUGUAGUUUUGUUCGAAGUGAAGUGCUGCCUGGAACUGCCCUUACAAGCUGCAAAGUCGUCCACAUUUGAGUUUAACGCCACAUUUUGUACAUUUCCUUGCUCUCUAUGCAUCGGGGAGACCAUGUUAGGUCAUCACUAUCCCAAUGCAGACAAGUCGCAACAACUGGUCAAUUAUGUGGAGGAUUAUCUGGAAUGUGUGGAGUCCCUGCCUUUGGACGUACAAAGAAAUGUUUCCCUCCUACGGGAAAUUGAUGCAAAGUAUCAAGAAGUGUUAAAGGAGGUGGAUGAAGUGUUCGAGAAGUACAAAGGAGAGCAGGAUGCUGCCCAGCGGAAGCGCCUGCAGGUCCAGUUGCAGCGUGCGCUCAUCGUCAUCCAGGAGCUGGGUGACGAGAAGAUCCACGUGGUGACCCAGAUGAAUGAGUUGGCAGAGAACCGCUCACGCCAAAUGGACUCCCACUCCUUGUGCCUCCAGGAACCCUGUGACCUCGAGCACCUGGUGCCGGAGCGGCGUCCCAACCUACAGGAGACCUGUGCUCCUGAACGCACCUCGGCCCGCCGCCCGCGACGCCAACGCAACAGUGAAAGCCGGGACUCCAGCCACCCGUCAGCAAAUGGGUCUCUCGUGGAUGACCCCAUGGAUGAACUGUCCAUCCCGCCUCCCAGAGAGAAGAAGUCCAAAUCUGCCAAGAAGAAGAAGCGCAAGGCAAAGCAGGAGCGAGACACUUCACCGGUGGACUUUGCUAUUGACCCCAAUGAGCCCACCUACUGCCUGUGUGAGCAGGUGUCUUAUGGGGAAAUGAUUGGCUGUGACAAUGACCAGUGCCCCAUUGAAUGGUUCCACUUCUCCUGUGUGGCACUGACCUAUAAGCCUAAGGGCAAAUGGUACUGUCCCAAAUGCAGGGGGGACAGUGAAAAAACCAUGGACAAAAGCCUGGACAAAAACAGAAAGGACCGUCGGUCGAGGUAGUGACCCACUUUCUGGUUUCAGUCCCAGUGUCAAGACUAUCACUUGUAGUCAAUUAGUGUACAUGAAGAAGAGCACAAUCAAACAGAGGAAGCAACAUGCUUCCAUUUUCAUGAAGCUAUUUGUUUUAGUCGAGUUAUCCUUUAUUUUGACAUUAAAUAAUCAAAUUAAAACAUCUCUUUUCAAGCUCA